AUGGGUAAGGGGGGUAUCAAUCCUUAUUCCCCACCGAGGGUCGCGCCCGUCCAUGAAGACGUCGAGAGCAUAGCCAGGGCUCUGGGAGGAGGGACGGGAAACUCGGGGAAUCCCGAAGAGGCUGAGGUCGUCGCCGGUCUGUGGGUCGGAGAAGCGUGGCCUUCUCCGGAGUGCCUCGCGCAGGAUCCGACGGUACCCACCAACCCCAUUCGGUGGUCGCUGACCCUGGACGCGGACACCAGCGCGAGCGUGACCGCCUUCGGAGCCGGAUACUUCGACGACUCCGCGGACGUCGAGGGCCAUUCCACGAUUUUCUUCACCCUGCGAGGGAGCUUCGACCCGCUGACCAGACGGGUCCAGUUCAAGAAGGUGUACGAGCGACCGGUGCCCCCGACGGACGUGACAUACGACGGUAGGCUGCACGCGCUCAACGGGACACCGGAGAUCACCGGCACCUGGGACAACCCGACGCAAGGAACGAGCGGGACAUUCUCCUGCAUGCUGCGAUGCUCCUCGGGUUCGACGUGAUGA